AAUGCUAUAAGCAAUAAUAUCAAAGUGAAAGUAAACAAACAAAAAUCGGCAUAGUUGAGAGCAGGAUGUUUUCAGCAUAGUUUUAAAAGUUUUCUCGGCGUUUGUUGUUUUACAUUGCAUUUAUACUUGAAAUAUCAUGGCAGAUGAUGAUUCUGAUGAGUAUCAUUCGGAUCAUUCAGAUAGAUCCAAUAAUUACUUCCACCGUCAGGGAUCUGUGGAAUCAGAAUUUAUCUGUGGCUGCUGUUCUGACCUGCUUGUCCAGCCAACUACCCUUACCUGUGGCCACAGCUUCUGUCGCCUCUGUCUAGCGCAGUGGUUCACUCAAUCCAAAAAGAGAACAUGUCCCUUAUGUCAGCAGCCCUACAUGGGAAGUCCCAGUGUCAACAUAACAAUCAAAAACCUCAUUGAAAAGUCCUAUUCUCUCAAAUUAAGAGAAAGGGAAAUUGAGGUGUACACUCCAGACAAUGACACUUUGAUAAAAACUUUUGAAGAAAACAGACAAGCAGCAGUGCCUCGUCGCAUUGGUCAAGGAAAUAAUAAUGUGCAAGCUCGAGAUUUCUGCUCAGGGAUAUUGGUCAUGGGUGGAGUGAUAUUGCUUGUCUACCUUGGGAUGUACUGGAAAAGUGUAGGCUCUGACCUGCUUAUUCACAAACCCCCAGCUAGGUGGGGUACAGAGGAUGUCGUGCAGUGGUUAUCUGACCUUGGAUCAUGGACAGAAGGAUAUCGGGAAACAGCUAAACUAAAUGGAAUAGAUGGAAGACUCCUGCUAGCUGUGGACCAUGCAAGUCUGCAGUCAAGUUUGAAUGUAACCAAUGAUCUACAUAUCAAAGCCAUAACCACUGCAAUUCAGCAGUUGAAGGAUUUUAAUAUGAAGCUUCCUGCUUCUCUUUGGGAGUACAAGGCCCUGAAUCCUGGUCGCUCCCUCUUCCUUGUGUAUGGGAUCAAAGAUUUUCCAAGGACCACAAUGCUCUACAUCUAUCUGUUUGAGUACGAUGAAAUAUUUUUACCAUUCCUUCAUUCUACAUACCCAGAGAAAACAGAUUUACCAAUCAUUCCCAUGUUUGAUGAUCCAAGUCGUAGACAGGAGAUAGAGUUUUGGUCAACGUUUGCUGUCCUCCCAUACUGGGUCAUUACCAAAUUUUGUUGGUCUUGGUUCGAUGUACAUUUCUGGAUAUCCAUGCUGAUGUUCUUUAAUUGUGCCACUUUAACUUUUAUUGAAGCUAUUACUUUUAAAAAGUCAUUUCCAAUUCGAAAACAGAAUUGUUUAGCCAGCCUUAAGAGUUACGGUAAAGGUUUACUGUCAAUGGUUUUCUUUGUUGUGAUUUGGCCCGUUGUGCCAUCGCUUGUCUGUGACUUUCUCUUCUAUUCAGUUCUGUUUUUCACCCCUUACCACAACGUUGAUAAAAUACGAAAAGAACUGAGGUGAAAAAAAGUGCAACCUAAACGUUGCAAUCACUUUACUUUUUUUAAGCACAGGACGAUUCUGUUUUUAAUGUUUUUAAGUGUCAAUUUUCUCUAUUUAUAAUUAUAAACCUUACCAUGAAGGUCCCUAUAUUCCUAAUUUUCUUGAUUUGAUUCUUUGAAGCUCUGUUUUAAAAACAUGUGAUUUUUUUCUCUCUUAAUUUGAUGUGAGACAUAAUAAUAUUCUUUUAAGCCAUGGAAUC